CGGUCUGUUCGCGAACUGUCAUGGCGGCUUCCUGUGGCAGGUUAGUGUCACAGUGAAGUCUUUAUCUGAGGAUGAGCUGAGAGAAGAAACGCAACUGUGACAGGUAUGAAUGUGAUGUCAUCAGUGAUGCGGGGGGCCCGGCGGCUCGUCCACGCCGACCCGGUUCUGCUCAGCAGCUUCCUGUCUCCAUCCCUCCUCUGUCCAGCCCGAAGCUCCGCCUCCCUGCUCACCUGUCAACAGAACAGGAAGUACGUCUCCAAACAGGUCAAAGGUCAGGAGAAAAAGCAGAAGAACACAAAAGUCAAAGUGGACAAACAGGAAGUGGAGAUCUCACAGAGGAUGACGGUGGCGGCUCUUGCUGAGGCCAUGAACAAAGACUUCGAUCACGUGUUGGAAGCUCUGCUGAACACCUCGGUGGAUCUGGACUCUCUGGAUCCGGACACGAUUCUGGAGGAGAGGUGGAUUAAGGAGGUGGUGACUCGAUCUGGGAUGAAGUUCAGAUAUGCCAAACUGAGCGAGAGCAAAAAGAGGAUCAACAGGGACGCCCACAGGAGACCUCCAGCUGACCCGUCCAACCUGGUGUCUCGCCCCCCGGUGGUCACCAUCAUGGGUCAUGUGGAUCACGGUAAGACCACCCUGCUGGACAGUCUGAGGAAGAGUCAGAUCGUGGCCUCGGAGGCCGGAGGAAUCACGCAGCACAUCGGAGCCUUUUUGGUCCAGUUGCCUACAGGUGAGAGGAUCACCUUCCUGGACACCCCAGGUCACGCUGCCUUCUCCUCCAUGAGAGCCCGAGGAGCCAAUGCCACCGACAUCGUCAUCCUGGUGGUGGCGGCCGACGACGGCGUCAUGGACCAGACAGUGGAGUCCAUCCAGCACGCCAAGAGAGCCAAAGUUCCGAUGAUCGUGGCGGUGAAUAAGUGCGAUAAGGCUCAUUCCGACCCUCAGAGGGUCAAACAGCAGCUGCUCGCUCACGAUGUCGUCUGUGAGGAGUUUGGAGGAGACGUUCAGGCGAUCCACAUCUCUGCUCUGAAGGGCGAAAACCUGCUGGCUCUGGUCGAGGCCACGGUGGCUUUGGCUGAGGUUUUGGAGCUGAAUGCGGAAGCGAGCGGCCUCGUGGAGGGACUCGUCAUCGAGAGUCGAACCGACAAAGGAAAAGGUCCUGUAACGACGGCCAUCGUCCAGCGGGGGACGCUGAAGCGAGGUUGCCUCUUGGUGGCGGGAAAGAGUUGGGCUAAAGUUCGUCUCCUCUAUGACGAGAACGGGCGGGCGGUGCCGGAGGCCGGGCCGAGCUGUGCGGUGGAGGUGGUUGGAUGGAAGGAGCUGCCGUCGGCUGGAGAGGUCAUCCUGGAGGUCGAGUCUGAGCAGCGAGCGAGGGAGGUGGUGGAGUGGAGGAUUUCUGAGGAGGAGGAGCAGAAGCUGCAGGAGGAGCAAAGUGCCAUCGAGCUCAAACAGAAACUACACCUGCAGGAGUACAGGAGGGAGCGGGCGGAGCUGUCUCACCUGAGCUGGAGGCAGAGAAAGGCGGCUCUGUACCGAGCCAACAAGACCAAGUUCUCCGUGAGACCGAGCGAGAGGACUCAGGACGAGCAGCUGGGUCUGCCGCUCAUCAUCAAAGGUGACGUGGACGGGUCAGUGGAGGCCAUCUUGAACAUCCUGGACAGUUACGAUGCUCAGCAGCAGUGUGAGCUGGACGUCGUUCACUUCGGCGUCGGAGACAUUUCCGAGAACGACGUCAACAUGGCCCAAACGUUCAAAGGUUCCAUUUACGGCUUCAACGUCGGGGCCAGCAGGUCGGUCCAGCAGCUGGCGUCCAAGCAAGGUGUCCCGCUCAGACUGCACACCGUGAUCUACAAGCUGAUCGAUCAGCUGAAGGACGAACUGAGCAGCAAACUACCGCCACUCAUGUCCGAGAACAUCGUUGGUGAGGCGACUGUCCUCGCCAUGUUUGAGGUCUCUGUGGGGAAGAAGAAGGUUCCUGUGGCUGGAUGUCGGGUUCAGAAAGGUCUGCUGGACAGUCAGCUCAAGUUCAGAGUGAUCCGAGGACGCGACACCAUCUGGGAGGGUUCCGUGUUGACGCUGAAGCAUCACAAGGACAACGUUCAGACGGUGAGGACAGGGAUGGACUGUGGUCUGUCAGUUGACGGGCACAUGGACUUCAGGCCCGGUGACGCCAUCAUCUGUUUUGAGAACCUGACGUCACCGCAGGUCACUUCCUGGAACCCCGGCUUCUAACGACUCCUUCCCAUCAUCCUCUGCUCUCAGCAUCAGACUGAACUGUGAUGGUUUAAUGUUUGUGUUUGGGUCAGACUCUGAUCACUGAUCCAUAUUUAUUGAUUACAUUAGAAAGGUGACAGUGAUCAGGUCCCUUUCAGUGCUGCGGGGAAGGUAAAAGCAAACAUGCCAUCACAUGACAUUUCCCGCUCUGUGCCCUGAAAGAGGAAGUGAUGUCACAUUUUUAAUCAAAUAAAAGUUUGUCGGUGCAGACGCAGCCUGUAAACUCUGACAGCGUGUGACGUAGGGAUGCACCGAUCCGAUAUCUGCCGAUACCAGAGCUCUGUUUGCUUUAAUAUUAUUAUUCUCAUUCAUGUUAAUUUUACAUGAUGCUGUAAUAAAGCUUCUCCACGGGCAAGUGGAGUGUGGA